AUGUCUGCCAUUGAUGCCCAACAGACCCACAACAACGAGCGCAAGCUGCACAACACGAACGCGGAUGGGGUGGCAGUGUGGGACAAGGUGGCAGUGCGGGACAAGGUGGCAGUGCGGGACAAGGUGGCAGUGCGGGACAAGGUGGCAGUGCGGGACAAGGUGGCAGUGCGGGACAAGGUGGCAGUGCGGGACAAGGUGGCAGUGCGGGACAAGGUGGCAGUGCGGGACAAGGUGGCAGUGCGGGACAAGGUGGCAGUGCGGGACAAGGUGGCAGUGCGGGACAAGGUGGCAGUGCGGGACAAGGUGGCAGUGCGGGACAAGGUGGCAGUGCGGGACAAGGUGGCAGUGCGGGACAAGGUGGCAGUGCGGGACAAGGUGGCAGUGCGGGACAAGGUGGCAGUGCGGGACAAGGUGGCAGUGCGGGACAAGGUGGCAGUGCGGGACAAGGUGGCAGUGCGGGACAAGGUGGCAGUGCGGGACAAGGUGGCAGUGCGGGACAAGGUGGCAGUGCGGGACAAGGUGGCAGUGCGGGACAAGGUGGCAGUGCGGGACAAGGUGGCAGUGCGGGACAAGGUGGCAGUGCGGGACAAGGUGGCAGUGCGGGACAAGGUGGCAGUGCGGGACAAGGUGGCAGUGCGGGACAAGGUGGCAGUGCGGGACAAGGUGGCAGUGCGGGACAAGGUGGCAGUGCGGGACAAGGUGGCAGUGCGGGACAAGGUGGCAGUGCGGGACAAGGUGGCAGUGCGGGACAAGGUGGCAGUGCGGGACAAGGUGGCAGUGCGGGACAAGGUGGCAGUGCGGGACAAGGUGGCAGUGCGGGACAAGGUGGCAGUGCGGGACAAGGUGGCAGUGCGGGACAAGGUGGCAGUGCGGGACAAGGUGGCAGUGCGGGACAAGGUGGCAGUGCGGGACAAGGUGGCAGUGCGGGACAAGGUGGCAGUGCGGGACAAGGUGGCAGUGCGGGACAAGGUGGCAGUGCGGGACAAGGUGGCAGUGCGGGACAAGGUGGCAGUGCGGGACAAGGUGGCAGUGCGGGACAAGGUGGCAGUGCGGGACAAGGUGGCAGUGCGGGACAAGGUGGCAGUGCGGGACAAGGUGGCAGUGCGGGACAAGGUGGCAGUGCGGGACAAGGUGGCAGUGCGGGACAAGGUGGCAGUGCGGGACAAGGUGGCAGUGCGGGACAAGGUGGCAGUGCGGGACAAGGUGGCAGUGCGGGACAAGGUGGCAGUGCGGGACAAGGUGGCAGUGCGGGACAAGGUGGCAGUGCGGGACAAGGUGGCAGUGCGGGACAAGGUGGCAGUGCGGGACAAGGUGGCAGUGCGGGACAAGGUGGCAGUGCGGGACAAGGUGGCAGUGCGGGACAAGGUGGCAGUGCGGGACAAGGUGGCAGUGCGGGACAAGGUGGCAGUGCGGGACAAGGUGGCAGUGCGGGACAAGGUGGCAGUGCGGGACAAGGUGGCAGUGCGGGACAAGGUGGCAGUGCGGGACAAGGUGGCAGUGCGGGACAAGGUGGCAGUGCGGGACAAGGUGGCAGUGCGGGACAAGGUGGCAGUGCGGGACAAGGUGGCAGUGCGGGACAAGGUGGCAGUGCGGGACAAGGUGGCAGUGCGGGACAAGGUGGCAGUGCGGGACAAGGUGGCAGUGCGGGACAAGGUGGCAGUGCGGGACAAGGUGGCAGUGCGGGACAAGGUGGCAGUGCGGGACAAGGUGGCAGUGCGGGACAAGGUGGCAGUGCGGGACAAGGUGGCAGUGCGGGACAAGGUGGCAGUGCGGGACAAGGUGGCAGUGCGGGACAAGGUGGCAGUGCGGGACAAGGUGGCAGUGCGGGACAAGGUGGCAGUGCGGGACAAGGUGGCAGUGCGGGACAAGGUGGCAGUGCGGGACAAGGUGGCAGUGCGGGACAAGGUGGCAGUGCGGGACAAGGUGGCAGUGCGGGACAAGGUGGCAGUGCGGGACAAGGUGGCAGUGCGGGACAAGGUGGCAGUGCGGGACAAGGUGGCAGUGCGGGACAAGGUGGCAGUGCGGGACAAGGUGGCAGUGCGGGACAAGGUGGCAGUGCGGGACAAGGUGGCAGUGCGGGACAAGGUGGCAGUGCGGGACAAGGUGGCAGUGCGGGACAAGGUGGCAGUGCGGGACAAGGUGGCAGUGCGGGACAAGGUGGCAGUGCGGGACAAGGUGGCAGUGCGGGACAAGGUGGCAGUGCGGGACAAGGUGGCAGUGCGGGACAAGGUGGCAGUGCGGGACAAGGUGGCAGUGCGGGACAAGGUGGCAGUGCGGGACAAGGUGGCAGUGCGGGACAAGGUGGCAGUGCGGGACAAGGUGGCAGUGCGGGACAAGGUGGCAGUGCGGGACAAGGUGGCAGUGCGGGACAAGGUGGCAGUGCGGGACAAGGUGGCAGUGCGGGACAAGGUGGCAGUGCGGGACAAGGUGGCAGUGCGGGACAAGGUGGCAGUGCGGGACAAGGUGGCAGUGCGGGACAAGGUGGCAGUGCGGGACAAGGUGGCAGUGCGGGACAAGGUGGCAGUGCGGGACAAGGUGGCAGUGCGGGACAAGGUGGCAGUGCGGGACAAGGUGGCAGUGCGGGACAAGGUGGCAGUGCGGGACAAGGUGGCAGUGCGGGACAAGGUGGCAGUGCGGGACAAGGUGGCAGUGCGGGACAAGGUGGCAGUGCGGGACAAGGUGGCAGUGCGGGACAAGGUGGCAGUGCGGGACAAGGUGGCAGUGCGGGACAAGGUGGCAGUGCGGGACAAGGUGGCAGUGCGGGACAAGGUGGCAGUGCGGGACAAGGUGGCAGUGCGGGACAAGGUGGCAGUGCGGGACAAGGUGGCAGUGCGGGACAAGGUGGCAGUGCGGGACAAGGUGGCAGUGCGGGACAAGGUGGCAGUGCGGGACAAGGUGGCAGUGCGGGACAAGGUGGCAGUGCGGGACAAGGUGGCAGUGCGGGACAAGGUGGCAGUGCGGGACAAGGUGGCAGUGCGGGACAAGGUGGCAGUGCGGGACAAGGUGGCAGUGCGGGACAAGGUGGCAGUGCGGGACAAGGUGGCAGUGCGGGACAAGGUGGCAGUGCGGGACAAGGUGGCAGUGCGGGACAAGGUGGCAGUGCGGGACAAGGUGGCAGUGCGGGACAAGGUGGCAGUGCGGGACAAGGUGGCAGUGCGGGACAAGGUGGCAGUGCGGGACAAGGUGGCAGUGCGGGACAAGGUGGCAGUGCGGGACAAGGUGGCAGUGCGGGACAAGGUGGCAGUGCGGGACAAGGUGGCAGUGCGGGACAAGGUGGCAGUGCGGGACAAGGUGGCAGUGCGGGACAAGGUGGCAGUGCGGGACAAGGUGGCAGUGCGGGACAAGGUGGCAGUGCGGGACAAGGUGGCAGUGCGGGACAAGGUGGCAGUGCGGGACAAGGUGGCAGUGCGGGACAAGGUGGCAGUGCGGGACAAGGUGGCAGUGCGGGACAAGGUGGCAGUGCGGGACAAGGUGGCAGUGCGGGACAAGGUGGCAGUGCGGGACAAGGUGGCAGUGCGGGACAAGGUGGCAGUGCGGGACAAGGUGGCAGUGCGGGACAAGGUGGCAGUGCGGGACAAGGUGGCAGUGCGGGACAAGGUGGCAGUGCGGGACAAGGUGGCAGUGCGGGACAAGGUGGCAGUGCGGGACAAGGUGGCAGUGCGGGACAAGGUGGCAGUGCGGGACAAGGUGGCAGUGCGGGACAAGGUGGCAGUGCGGGACAAGGUGGCAGUGCGGGACAAGGUGGCAGUGCGGGACAAGGUGGCAGUGCGGGACAAGGUGGCAGUGCGGGACAAGGUGGCAGUGCGGGACAAGGUGGCAGUGCGGGACAAGGUGGCAGUGCGGGACAAGGUGGCAGUGCGGGACAAGGUGGCAGUGCGGGACAAGGUGGCAGUGCGGGACAAGGUGGCAGUGCGGGACAAGGUGGCAGUGCGGGACAAGGUGGCAGUGCGGGACAAGGUGGCAGUGCGGGACAAGGUGGCAGUGCGGGACAAGGUGGCAGUGCGGGACAAGGUGGCAGUGCGGGACAAGGUGGCAGUGCGGGACAAGGUGGCAGUGCGGGACAAGGUGGCAGUGCGGGACAAGGUGGCAGUGCGGGACAAGGUGGCAGUGCGGGACAAGGUGGCAGUGCGGGACAAGGUGGCAGUGCGGGACAAGGUGGCAGUGCGGGACAAGGUGGCAGUGCGGGACAAGGUGGCAGUGCGGGACAAGGUGGCAGUGCGGGACAAGGUGGCAGUGCGGGACAAGGUGGCAGUGCGGGACAAGGUGGCAGUGCGGGACAAGGUGGCAGUGCGGGACAAGGUGGCAGUGCGGGACAAGGUGGCAGUGCGGGACAAGGUGGCAGUGCGGGACAAGGUGGCAGUGCGGGACAAGGUGGCAGUGCGGGACAAGGUGGCAGUGCGGGACAAGGUGGCAGUGCGGGACAAGGUGGCAGUGCGGGACAAGGUGGCAGUGCGGGACAAGGUGGCAGUGCGGGACAAGGUGGCAGUGCGGGACAAGGUGGCAGUGCGGGACAAGGUGGCAGUGCGGGACAAGGUGGCAGUGCGGGACAAGGUGGCAGUGCGGGACAAGGUGGCAGUGCGGGACAAGGUGGCAGUGCGGGACAAGGUGGCAGUGCGGGACAAGGUGGCAGUGCGGGACAAGGUGGCAGUGCGGGACAAGGUGGCAGUGCGGGACAAGGUGGCAGUGCGGGACAAGGUGGCAGUGCGGGACAAGGUGGCAGUGCGGGACAAGGUGGCAGUGCGGGACAAGGUGGCAGUGCGGGACAAGGUGGCAGUGCGGGACAAGGUGGCAGUGCGGGACAAGGUGGCAGUGCGGGACAAGGUGGCAGUGCGGGACAAGGUGGCAGUGCGGGACAAGGUGGCAGUGCGGGACAAGGUGGCAGUGCGGGACAAGGUGGCAGUGCGGGACAAGGUGGCAGUGCGGGACAAGGUGGCAGUGCGGGACAAGGUGGCAGUGCGGGACAAGGUGGCAGUGCGGGACAAGGUGGCAGUGCGGGACAAGGUGGCAGUGCGGGACAAGGUGGCAGUGCGGGACAAGGUGGCAGUGCGGGACAAGGUGGCAGUGCGGGACAAGGUGGCAGUGCGGGACAAGGUGGCAGUGCGGGACAAGGUGGCAGUGCGGGACAAGGUGGCAGUGCGGGACAAGGUGGCAGUGCGGGACAAGGUGGCAGUGCGGGACAAGGUGGCAGUGCGGGACAAGGUGGCAGUGCGGGACAAGGUGGCAGUGCGGGACAAGGUGGCAGUGCGGGACAAGGUGGCAGUGCGGGACAAGGUGGCAGUGCGGGACAAGGUGGCAGUGCGGGACAAGGUGGCAGUGCGGGACAAGGUGGCAGUGCGGGACAAGGUGGCAGUGCGGGACAAGGUGGCAGUGCGGGACAAGGUGGCAGUGCGGGACAAGGUGGCAGUGCGGGACAAGGUGGCAGUGCGGGACAAGGUGGCAGUGCGGGACAAGGUGGCAGUGCGGGACAAGGUGGCAGUGCGGGACAAGGUGGCAGUGCGGGACAAGGUGGCAGUGCGGGACAAGGUGGCAGUGCGGGACAAGGUGGCAGUGCGGGACAAGGUGGCAGUGCGGGACAAGGUGGCAGUGCGGGACAAGGUGGCAGUGCGGGACAAGGUGGCAGUGCGGGACAAGGUGGCAGUGCGGGACAAGGUGGCAGUGCGGGACAAGGUGGCAGUGCGGGACAAGGUGGCAGUGCGGGACAAGGUGGCAGUGCGGGACAAGGUGGCAGUGCGGGACAAGGUGGCAGUGCGGGACAAGGUGGCAGUGCGGGACAAGGUGGCAGUGCGGGACAAGGUGGCAGUGCGGGACAAGGUGGCAGUGCGGGACAAGGUGGCAGUGCGGGACAAGGUGGCAGUGCGGGACAAGGUGGCAGUGCGGGACAAGGUGGCAGUGCGGGACAAGGUGGCAGUGCGGGACAAGGUGGCAGUGCGGGACAAGGUGGCAGUGCGGGACAAGGUGGCAGUGCGGGACAAGGUGGCAGUGCGGGACAAGGUGGCAGUGCGGGACAAGGUGGCAGUGCGGGACAAGGUGGCAGUGCGGGACAAGGUGGCAGUGCGGGACAAGGUGGCAGUGCGGGACAAGGUGGCAGUGCGGGACAAGGUGGCAGUGCGGGACAAGGUGGCAGUGCGGGACAAGGUGGCAGUGCGGGACAAGGUGGCAGUGCGGGACAAGGUGGCAGUGCGGGACAAGGUGGCAGUGCGGGACAAGGUGGCAGUGCGGGACAAGGUGGCAGUGCGGGACAAGGUGGCAGUGCGGGACAAGGUGGCAGUGCGGGACAAGGUGGCAGUGCGGGACAAGGUGGCAGUGCGGGACAAGGUGGCAGUGCGGGACAAGGUGGCAGUGCGGGACAAGGUGGCAGUGCGGGACAAGGUGGCAGUGCGGGACAAGGUGGCAGUGCGGGACAAGGUGGCAGUGCGGGACAAGGUGGCAGUGCGGGACAAGGUGGCAGUGCGGGACAAGGUGGCAGUGCGGGACAAGGUGGCAGUGCGGGACAAGGUGGCAGUGCGGGACAAGGUGGCAGUGCGGGACAAGGUGGCAGUGCGGGACAAGGUGGCAGUGCGGGACAAGGUGGCAGUGCGGGACAAGGUGGCAGUGCGGGACAAGGUGGCAGUGCGGGACAAGGUGGCAGUGCGGGACAAGGUGGCAGUGCGGGACAAGGUGGCAGUGCGGGACAAGGUGGCAGUGCGGGACAAGGUGGCAGUGCGGGACAAGGUGGCAGUGCGGGACAAGGUGGCAGUGCGGGACAAGGUGGCAGUGCGGGACAAGGUGGCAGUGCGGGACAAGGUGGCAGUGCGGGACAAGGUGGCAGUGCGGGACAAGGUGGCAGUGCGGGACAAGGUGGCAGUGCGGGACAAGGUGGCAGUGCGGGACAAGGUGGCAGUGCGGGACAAGGUGGCAGUGCGGGACAAGGUGGCAGUGCGGGACAAGGUGGCAGUGCGGGACAAGGUGGCAGUGCGGGACAAGGUGGCAGUGCGGGACAAGGUGGCAGUGCGGGACAAGGUGGCAGUGCGGGACAAGGUGGCAGUGCGGGACAAGGUGGCAGUGCGGGACAAGGUGGCAGUGCGGGACAAGGUGGCAGUGCGGGACAAGGUGGCAGUGCGGGACAAGGUGGCAGUGCGGGACAAGGUGGCAGUGCGGGACAAGGUGGCAGUGCGGGACAAGGUGGCAGUGCGGGACAAGGUGGCAGUGCGGGACAAGGUGGCAGUGCGGGACAAGGUGGCAGUGCGGGACAAGGUGGCAGUGCGGGACAAGGUGGCAGUGCGGGACAAGGUGGCAGUGCGGGACAAGGUGGCAGUGCGGGACAAGGUGGCAGUGCGGGACAAGGUGGCAGUGCGGGACAAGGUGGCAGUGCGGGACAAGGUGGCAGUGCGGGACAAGGUGGCAGUGCGGGACAAGGUGGCAGUGCGGGACAAGGUGGCAGUGCGGGACAAGGUGGCAGUGCGGGACAAGGUGGCAGUGCGGGACAAGGUGGCAGUGCGGGACAAGGUGGCAGUGCGGGACAAGGUGGCAGUGCGGGACAAGGUGGCAGUGCGGGACAAGGUGGCAGUGCGGGACAAGGUGGCAGUGCGGGACAAGGUGGCAGUGCGGGACAAGGUGGCAGUGCGGGACAAGGUGGCAGUGCGGGACAAGGUGGCAGUGCGGGACAAGGUGGCAGUGCGGGACAAGGUGGCAGUGCGGGACAAGGUGGCAGUGCGGGACAAGGUGGCAGUGCGGGACAAGGUGGCAGUGCGGGACAAGGUGGCAGUGCGGGACAAGGUGGCAGUGCGGGACAAGGUGGCAGUGCGGGACAAGGUGGCAGUGCGGGACAAGGUGGCAGUGCGGGACAAGGUGGCAGUGCGGGACAAGGUGGCAGUGCGGGACAAGGUGGCAGUGCGGGACAAGGUGGCAGUGCGGGACAAGGUGGCAGUGCGGGACAAGGUGGCAGUGCGGGACAAGGUGGCAGUGCGGGACAAGGUGGCAGUGCGGGACAAGGUGGCAGUGCGGGACAAGGUGGCAGUGCGGGACAAGGUGGCAGUGCGGGACAAGGUGGCAGUGCGGGACAAGGUGGCAGUGCGGGACAAGGUGGCAGUGCGGGACAAGGUGGCAGUGCGGGACAAGGUGGCAGUGCGGGACAAGGUGGCAGUGCGGGACAAGGUGGCAGUGCGGGACAAGGUGGCAGUGCGGGACAAGGUGGCAGUGCGGGACAAGGUGGCAGUGCGGGACAAGGUGGCAGUGCGGGACAAGGUGGCAGUGCGGGACAAGGUGGCAGUGCGGGACAAGGUGGCAGUGCGGGACAAGGUGGCAGUGCGGGACAAGGUGGCAGUGCGGGACAAGGUGGCAGUGCGGGACAAGGUGGCAGUGCGGGACAAGGUGGCAGUGCGGGACAAGGUGGCAGUGCGGGACAAGGUGGCAGUGCGGGACAAGGUGGCAGUGCGGGACAAGGUGGCAGUGCGGGACAAGGUGGCAGUGCGGGACAAGGUGGCAGUGCGGGACAAGGUGGCAGUGCGGGACAAGGUGGCAGUGCGGGACAAGGUGGCAGUGCGGGACAAGGUGGCAGUGCGGGACAAGGUGGCAGUGCGGGACAAGGUGGCAGUGCGGGACAAGGUGGCAGUGCGGGACAAGGUGGCAGUGCGGGACAAGGUGGCAGUGCGGGACAAGGUGGCAGUGCGGGACAAGGUGGCAGUGCGGGACAAGGUGGCAGUGCGGGACAAGGUGGCAGUGCGGGACAAGGUGGCAGUGCGGGACAAGGUGGCAGUGCGGGACAAGGUGGCAGUGCGGGACAAGGUGGCAGUGCGGGACAAGGUGGCAGUGCGGGACAAGGUGGCAGUGCGGGACAAGGUGGCAGUGCGGGACAAGGUGGCAGUGCGGGACAAGGUGGCAGUGCGGGACAAGGUGGCAGUGCGGGACAAGGUGGCAGUGCGGGACAAGGUGGCAGUGCGGGACAAGGUGGCAGUGCGGGACAAGGUGGCAGUGCGGGACAAGGUGGCAGUGCGGGACAAGGUGGCAGUGCGGGACAAGGUGGCAGUGCGGGACAAGGUGGCAGUGCGGGACAAGGUGGCAGUGCGGGACAAGGUGGCAGUGCGGGACAAGGUGGCAGUGCGGGACAAGGUGGCAGUGCGGGACAAGGUGGCAGUGCGGGACAAGGUGGCAGUGCGGGACAAGGUGGCAGUGCGGGACAAGGUGGCAGUGCGGGACAAGGUGGCAGUGCGGGACAAGGUGGCAGUGCGGGACAAGGUGGCAGUGCGGGACAAGGUGGCAGUGCGGGACAAGGUGGCAGUGCGGGACAAGGUGGCAGUGCGGGACAAGGUGGCAGUGCGGGACAAGGUGGCAGUGCGGGACAAGGUGGCAGUGCGGGACAAGGUGGCAGUGCGGGACAAGGUGGCAGUGCGGGACAAGGUGGCAGUGCGGGACAAGGUGGCAGUGCGGGACAAGGUGGCAGUGCGGGACAAGGUGGCAGUGCGGGACAAGGUGGCAGUGCGGGACAAGGUGGCAGUGCGGGACAAGGUGGCAGUGCGGGACAAGGUGGCAGUGCGGGACAAGGUGGCAGUGCGGGACAAGGUGGCAGUGCGGGACAAGGUGGCAGUGCGGGACAAGGUGGCAGUGCGGGACAAGGUGGCAGUGCGGGACAAGGUGGCAGUGCGGGACAAGGUGGCAGUGCGGGACAAGGUGGCAGUGCGGGACAAGGUGGCAGUGCGGGACAAGGUGGCAGUGCGGGACAAGGUGGCAGUGCGGGACAAGGUGGCAGUGCGGGACAAGGUGGCAGUGCGGGACAAGGUGGCAGUGCGGGACAAGGUGGCAGUGCGGGACAAGGUGGCAGUGCGGGACAAGGUGGCAGUGCGGGACAAGGUGGCAGUGCGGGACAAGGUGGCAGUGCGGGACAAGGUGGCAGUGCGGGACAAGGUGGCAGUGCGGGACAAGGUGGCAGUGCGGGACAAGGUGGCAGUGCGGGACAAGGUGGCAGUGCGGGACAAGGUGGCAGUGCGGGACAAGGUGGCAGUGCGGGACAAGGUGGCAGUGCGGGACAAGGUGGCAGUGCGGGACAAGGUGGCAGUGCGGGACAAGGUGGCAGUGCGGGACAAGGUGGCAGUGCGGGACAAGGUGGCAGUGCGGGACAAGGUGGCAGUGCGGGACAAGGUGGCAGUGCGGGACAAGGUGGCAGUGCGGGACAAGGUGGCAGUGCGGGACAAGGUGGCAGUGCGGGACAAGGUGGCAGUGCGGGACAAGGUGGCAGUGCGGGACAAGGUGGCAGUGCGGGACAAGGUGGCAGUGCGGGACAAGGUGGCAGUGCGGGACAAGGUGGCAGUGCGGGACAAGGUGGCAGUGCGGGACAAGGUGGCAGUGCGGGACAAGGUGGCAGUGCGGGACAAGGUGGCAGUGCGGGACAAGGUGGCAGUGCGGGACAAGGUGGCAGUGCGGGACAAGGUGGCAGUGCGGGACAAGGUGGCAGUGCGGGACAAGGUGGCAGUGCGGGACAAGGUGGCAGUGCGGGACAAGGUGGCAGUGCGGGACAAGGUGGCAGUGCGGGACAAGGUGGCAGUGCGGGACAAGGUGGCAGUGCGGGACAAGGUGGCAGUGCGGGACAAGGUGGCAGUGCGGGACAAGGUGGCAGUGCGGGACAAGGUGGCAGUGCGGGACAAGGUGGCAGUGCGGGACAAGGUGGCAGUGCGGGACAAGGUGGCAGUGCGGGACAAGGUGGCAGUGCGGGACAAGGUGGCAGUGCGGGACAAGGUGGCAGUGCGGGACAAGGUGGCAGUGCGGGACAAGGUGGCAGUGCGGGACAAGGUGGCAGUGCGGGACAAGGUGGCAGUGCGGGACAAGGUGGCAGUGCGGGACAAGGUGGCAGUGCGGGACAAGGUGGCAGUGCGGGACAAGGUGGCAGUGCGGGACAAGGUGGCAGUGCGGGACAAGGUGGCAGUGCGGGACAAGGUGGCAGUGCGGGACAAGGUGGCAGUGCGGGACAAGGUGGCAGUGCGGGACAAGGUGGCAGUGCGGGACAAGGUGGCAGUGCGGGACAAGGUGGCAGUGCGGGACAAGGUGGCAGUGCGGGACAAGGUGGCAGUGCGGGACAAGGUGGCAGUGCGGGACAAGGUGGCAGUGCGGGACAAGGUGGCAGUGCGGGACAAGGUGGCAGUGCGGGACAAGGUGGCAGUGCGGGACAAGGUGGCAGUGCGGGACAAGGUGGCAGUGCGGGACAAGGUGGCAGUGCGGGACAAGGUGGCAGUGCGGGACAAGGUGGCAGUGCGGGACAAGGUGGCAGUGCGGGACAAGGUGGCAGUGCGGGACAAGGUGGCAGUGCGGGACAAGGUGGCAGUGCGGGACAAGGUGGCAGUGCGGGACAAGGUGGCAGUGCGGGACAAGGUGGCAGUGCGGGACAAGGUGGCAGUGCGGGACAAGGUGGCAGUGCGGGACAAGGUGGCAGUGCGGGACAAGGUGGCAGUGCGGGACAAGGUGGCAGUGCGGGACAAGGUGGCAGUGCGGGACAAGGUGGCAGUGCGGGACAAGGUGGCAGUGCGGGACAAGGUGGCAGUGCGGGACAAGGUGGCAGUGCGGGACAAGGUGGCAGUGCGGGACAAGGUGGCAGUGCGGGACAAGGUGGCAGUGCGGGACAAGGUGGCAGUGCGGGACAAGGUGGCAGUGCGGGACAAGGUGGCAGUGCGGGACAAGGUGGCAGUGCGGGACAAGGUGGCAGUGCGGGACAAGGUGGCAGUGCGGGACAAGGUGGCAGUGCGGGACAAGGUGGCAGUGCGGGACAAGGUGGCAGUGCGGGACAAGGUGGCAGUGCGGGACAAGGUGGCAGUGCGGGACAAGGUGGCAGUGCGGGACAAGGUGGCAGUGCGGGACAAGGUGGCAGUGCGGGACAAGGUGGCAGUGCGGGACAAGGUGGCAGUGCGGGACAAGGUGGCAGUGCGGGACAAGGUGGCAGUGCGGGACAAGGUGGCAGUGCGGGACAAGGUGGCAGUGCGGGACAAGGUGGCAGUGCGGGACAAGGUGGCAGUGCGGGACAAGGUGGCAGUGCGGGACAAGGUGGCAGUGCGGGACAAGGUGGCAGUGCGGGACAAGGUGGCAGGGAAACGGGAGGUUUGGGGUUGGGUAGGAGGGCCGGGAGGGUGGUGA